AUGCCAUCUCUGGGACCUGAGUCCCCGAAACCGCGAACUUGCGACGUCGCUCAACCACCAAGCCGAUACGUUUCUCCAUCCCGUCGCACCGUCUUGGACUUUGACGACGCGGAGCUGGACGAGUACCUCCAGAACAGAAGGAGUAUCUCUGUCGACGAGUUUGAGAAUGUGCCGGAGUCUUUUAUUCAGAGAUUAAGCGAGCACGGAGCAGUCAAAUCGCAUCCAGUGGACUUGGAUCAAGUCAGCGCGCGCCUUCUACAUGUCGCCACGGAUAAAGAACAGCAAGACCAACAACUCGUUCCUCAAAAGCGAUUGGCCAAAUAUGAGGAUUCCUUUGAUGGGUUUGCGUGGCCGAAUGAAUCUGUUUGUGGAACUACUCCAUCCCCCGAUCCCGAGGCAGAAAGACGUGAAGCCCUGCAGAGAGAGGCAGAUGCGUACCAAGCCCUCGUCCAAGCCGGUGGGCGACCAUCGCACUCCUUUCACGGUACGCCCUCCGAAAUUUACAAAAAUCUCUCGACCAGUGAUCCGACUAGACAAGACAACUUGACUACAUGGAUUGAAUAUCUUGGCUAUGAGUAUUGGUGGUUCGAUCGAUACGCCCUUUCGAGCCGCCAACAAGAAUGGCUAGACAGUAAGUGGAAGGAGGUCGUUGACAGCAAUGUAUUGACUCACUUCGAGACACAGGAAUCUGUAUAUGAAUAUGAACAUCUACUACAAAGGGUUAACGAAUUGGAGUUAUCUCAGAGGGCUGUGGAAACUGCGAAAUCUGCCGUGUUGGCUCAAAAAGCCGUCUUCGACUCAGAAGACCCCAGCCAUUCCAUCAAAGAGAAUGAUCGACGACUGCAGGAAGCUCAAUCUAAACUAGAUGUGGCGGAGAAGGACCAUGAUUCCAUGAAACGCCGAUAUGAACUCAUCAGCGACUUCGUUCGAGACACAAUCAAGACUCGAAGGUCCAAAAAGAAUUCACAACGUCAUGCUAUAUUGCUACGAUGGAUACUAGACCAACUCCUUAUCAUCGAACAUGAGAUGGAGCAAGUCGAAACGCGGACGGACGCCUUGAACGAAGAAUCUAUCAAUGGAAAGCCGAAGCCCAAGCAAACCGACUAUCUAAACGCGGGAAAAGGCCACGGAGAUCAGAAGGACAAGCAUACGGAGAAUCACACGGCCUUAAAUCGUCAGGCACCUGUAGCCACCACGUCUCAAGGGAGGAAAGGCCGCAAGCGCAGCCAUGACAUUACUAACGAAGCACAGCAAUCAAAACGGCCGAGAGGUAAUGGCCGUCAGGGCACCCUCUCUCGUUCCAAAAUAUCUGAGUCGGUAGCUGCAGCUGCAGCAACAGAAGCGGCCGCCAAAAUGUCACGUAAUCCCAACCCUCCUACGUCAAGAAUGACCAGGCAGCAACGAAUCGCAACUACAAUGGCAGCAGAGGGGCGGAGGGAUGUUAAAGAUAUUGACGAGGUUUCUCGCCAAGUCACUUCGCAUGGGAAACGACUUUCAAAGCAGCAAAGAAACGGUAAUCAAACGAGGAAUACCUCUGCUUACGCUACACAUGCAGUAACAUCAAAAGCAGCCACUGAAGAGCUGCAAAUCCCCGAGGCCGCCGCAUCAAGGGUAGCCAGACCAAAGUCAAAAGCAGCUACCUCUCACCUGGAUUUCAUCGAAGAUAAUCCUGAACUCGGCCAAGGCCAACACAGACGGCGCCCGUUCAUGGACGAACUUUGUGGCCCCGGUUCUACCUUAGUAACGACGGAGCAUUGCUUCUGUGAUGCAUCGGAAGCUUUAGCGCCAUAUUUCAGCUCUGAUAUGGAUUCAAGAUCGGUCCGCUGCAAAAAUUGGCCUCCCCAUGCUUCAAACCACUCCGUUCAAUAA